UUAUUACCCGGUGUGUGUGUGUAUUCUGUUGCAUGGUUUUAUUAGGCAGUUUCUCACUUGCAAAGCAAAUUAGACAAAUAAAACUGAACCGACAGAAAGUGGGAGUGAAUUAUUGCUGAGCGUGUCAGCGUGUACUGACGUGAGAGGGCAUUACACCUGCGCACGGGUUUGCGAGUAAGGUCUAACUCUUUGAGGGGAGAGGGAGAUAAAAAAAAAAAAGAAAAAAGUUCGCAACGUGACAGACAGUUUCGCGCAGCCUCGAGUUGCAGCGCGCGCGUUUCCAGUUCAGCUGCUGAAGGGCAAACAGGAGGCACGCGACUCCAGAUCCACUAGGCCUGUUCGCUCACAUUUUCAUCCGGUGUGUUAUUGUAUCUGUCCGCGACCUUAUCGCAUUUUUAUUUUUAUAGAGCGUAAUAAAAAAAAAAAGCCGAAACGUGUAGUGUGCCUCCGGGUAACGUCAUCGGACCACAGACAGAGUGGCGUGGCGCUGGGACACGCGCGGCAGUGCUCGCGCGAGAUGCGUCACGGGAAGCGGCUGUUGAAAAGCAACUCGCGUGUGAGAGGCAUGGACACCGUCCUCACCUUACCGAGCCUGACGGAUUUAACCACUCUGGAUGUAUCUCUUCACCUUGGAAUCGCACCCACGGGGGUAUUCCAGGAGUAAAGCGGAUAAAUUCCAGGAAGAAAGGGCUGAUCAUUAGGACUACCCGGUGGCCUGUAUCUCUGAGAGUCCUAGUAGUGUAGCGGGAAUCCUAUCUAUAGGCUUGUAUAUGAUCUGUGUGAAUGCAAUAGCCGGUAAGCGCGAUCUGUGGGAUUCUAACGGCGCACGCGGAUACGGAGUACAGAGUGAAUGGAUCGCUUAUGAUCACUGACUUGUAUCUGUGACAAAGAGCCGAGGGGCGUCCGCGUGUCGCUAACGGGUAAUUAAAUCUCCUGGAAAGUGAGUAAAGGGGAAAGGGGUUGAGGGUCUCAAUGUGAAAACUUGCGAUCUUUUGUGUUAAGGACCCCCCCUUGUUUCUGAAAGACUUGCACAAUACGUUAUCAUGGUCUCGCUUUUCAUGGACGCAUCAAAAAAGAUCAACAGGGGAGAAAAGUAACGAGGACUGCAAUCAAGCAACCGAGGAUCCGGGUCUAUAAUUUCGAGAACUAUUUUGGACGAACGGCGACACAAUGGGUACAACGCUACAAGUUAUUCUCGGCAUGUUUCAGUUCGUCUCACUCGCCAGAAUGCCAACACACUGUGCCAAGGCACCGCUAGCUCAAUGGCAGCCCUCACAGAGUCACGGAUCAGGACAAGUGGUUAGAUGGAUGGAUGUGUAUCAGAGGAGUAGCUGCCAGCCCAGAGAGACGUUGGUGGAGGUGUGGCAGGAGUUCCCGUGGGAGACACAUCACCUGUUCCUGCCAUCGUGUGUGUCAUUGAGGCGUUGCGGCGGCUGCUGCGGUGAUGAGGCUCUUGAAUGCGUGCCCUCUCACACGGAUACGCUCACAAUGGAGCUUAUGAAAACUACAUACAUGAAGCACGAACUGGUGCAGUUACCCUUCGUGGAGCAUAGCCAGUGUGAGUGCAGGCCAAAAGCAGAACUUCAUACAGAGCCAACCAGGCAAGACCCCCGGCCAACAAGGAAAGGGAGGAAAAGGGAGAGGGGAAAACCGAAGCGAAGGAAACAUGUCAGGAUAAAACUGCCGACUCCAGCACCUACUACACCUGUACCUCCUGCUCUCCCCACUACCAUGUCCCCUUCUCGUCCUCCUGAAGAGCAAUGCCCGCCAUGCCCCAUGCGCAGAAUGACGUCAGAGCCCCCGACGUGCGAGUGCACAUGCACUCUGAGGGAGGUGAGCUGCACCAAGAGAGGCAAGAGACUCAACCAGCACAGCUGCAGAUGUGAGUCCAUAAGAGUAUAAUGAACUGAGGGGUUCUUCUUUUUCCUGGUUACAAGCACUGUAUCUUCAUCCAUCUUUUGACACGGUGUCUUUAUCGCCGAGGCGGAGACUAGGAGUCAGCGUGACAAGAGUAGUGGAACCUCCUGCCUCCUUGCCCCCCACCCCCACCUCUCAACAUUUAGUCCAGUAUUAAAUGCAUGUAUUCACCUCGGUAUCCCGUGUUCCAGUGUGUGUGUAUACCGCGUGUCUUCAGAUUCUCAUCGCUAAGCUCCCUGAAGCAUCAUUCUGCAAUGGCUUCGACAGCCGUUCAUGUGUUAGUGGCACAAGCAGCUGGUGGAGUCACAGGAAAAGCAGGUUGCAUUCAAGCGGACUGGAUUGUUGUGCUAAACCAUGCUACCACUCGGAAUCUUAUCAUAGAGCUAAUAAAUCCCUCACGCCCACAAGACUUUUACCAAUAACUGGUUGGAAAGACUUUGCUCAUAUGACUUGGAAGCUGGAAUUUACAGUUUUCUUUUUAACAUUUAAACAAUACAGAAGAUUUCAGUUUUUUUGGUUUUGUUUGAUUGUUUUUUAAAGAAACUCCAAAACUUUGCCAAAAAACAACCCCAAAUGAUCUAAAUUAGCUUGCAGGACAUUCAAUCAUUCGGACGUUUCCCAUCUGUCCUGGGCAUAUCCUUGUGAUGUGACUAAUAGAGAGGCUGGUAUUGAGAUGCGCUGAAUGGACGGAUGGGCGUCUGUGUGGUCUGAGCAUAGAAUGAUAAGGAUCUCACUGACAGGCCUGAUUUAUUCUCAGCCUCCAUAUGCCUAUCACGUGGCCUCCAGGACUGUAUCAAUGAGUCUUAUUGUGUUUGUUUGAUUUGCUUUUUUUUGUCUGGCGCUUUCCUUUGGGAAUAAAUGAGACUUUCCCUCAGGCCAGGCAGUGAGGGGAAUGUCAAUAGUAAAGAGACCUGGCUAUAUUCCACUGCUGAUUGCAACAAACACACACACACACACUCACACACACAAUUCCACCUCUUUUUCUGUCUUACUUGUCUUACCCACAUUGUUUUAAAAUUUCUACCUCUCUUUUAGUGUUUUUCCCCUCAGUCUCUCUCUCUCUUCGUCUAUAACCCCCCCCCCUCUCUCUCUCACACACACACACACACAUACAUAACAGGUGAUUAUAAGCUUUUCUUUAUUAAUACUAAGGGAAGAAUUUAAAUUUAUUUUACAUGUUUAUAUCAUUAUAUUCAUUUGUUAUGUAAGUCUUAGUAAUAAUAUUGUAGCUUUAUGUGGUUCAUUUAUAUAAAAAAAAAAGUUGUAAUGGUGCCUUUGUUGUUUUGUGUUCUGUUAAUCUGUCUUAAAGGAUCGGCCUGGGUGGCCUGCUACGGACACAUUCUUUGCCCCAGCAUGCAUCUAUAUGAGGGUCUGUGUUUAGUUCAAACAAAGGGGCAAGAAUUAGAGAAGAAAUCCCUGUAGCAGUGGCGCAUCUGUUAAAUCGAUUGAAACAUUAAAUCUAAGCACUGAAAUAAACUAUCUAAGUUGUAAAAAAAAAAAAAAAAAAACCUGUAGCAUUCUGCACUGACUAUAGGGUAUCCAAAAUAUAAUAUAAUAUAUUUAUUUUUCUAUUGAGUUGCAUUUUUAUAUCUAGCUUUUUAACAUUGCUUUGGGGUAUUUUAUUUCUCAUAUCAUGUUAACUGUGAGAAUAUUGAUAUCAGAGGAGAUAUAAUUCAGUAUUUUGUCUAGAAUCAUACAUUGUUCAUAGCCAUCAGUGAACGCUCAGGUCUGUAAAUUUGAUAUGGUCCGUGAGACGUUGUGAAUAUACACUGUACAUGUAGGUGAAGGUAACAGACAGUGGAGGACAUGAUAUCCAUAUGUUUCCCACAGUCCCUUGACUACCUUGAAGUCUUAUCAUGUAGCAUAUCUGACUGAAAUCCAUAACUUAACCUAGGGAUCUUUUGCAAUAAUAUGAUAAAGAUCACUUAGAGAGGUAUUUUAUUAGAUAUACAUCUGCAAUAAUGUAAAUAAUAAUAAAAAUAAUAUAAAAAAAAGAUUCCUGACUUAUAGUUUGCUUCACAUGAUAUUUAUAGGUAAUUGUUCCAUUUGUCCUGUCGUGUGUUACGUGAAGUUUGUCUGAGAAAGACACCGUCCUGUCUUUUUGCUUGGCUAAAUGUUCGUCUCGAACCGAAUGACUAAAAUAGCUAGGUAAUUUAUUCCAGACGUUAAAUGAAAUCUGCUGUAGUGAUAUAUAUACAUAUAUAUAUCGACUGCCACACUUCGUGCACAGUUAUCUAAAUUAACUGCUACUAAUUGUAAUAGGAAUAUAAGAUGCGAAAAGCAUUUUAUUAUAGACACUAUGCUCUAUGUGAAUGUACCAGUUUUCUUCAGUGUUAGCGUGUACCUUGAAUCAUGUACAGGAGAUUUCGUCUGCAUUCCGACUUUUAUGUGAAUUUUUCGGCUUUGAAAGAGACGACGCUCUCUAAGCUAUAGUUUGUAUCCUGUGUAAUCUAUAUUUGUAUAAUGGUAACAAUCAAUAGUCUUACUGCUGCUACACCAGUUAUGCCCUAUUCCUCUGUUUGUGAUGACGUAUGUACAGUCUGAGGGGCGAUACACAUGUAUACAGUGCGUAUAUACAGUACUAAGCUGACAUGCAUUUCAGUAGCCAUCCAGUCAGCAACAGCCAUAAUGUAAUGUUGAGUAUACUGUAUUA